GGUAGUCCUGCCGCCGGCGCUUGUAGUAGGAGCGGGAGUGAAUUGAAUAGAUCGGUUUGUCGUGGGAGAGGUUCAAAUUGUUGUAAAUACUAUGUGUAGGAAAGUACCAGGAAAACGAUGAAAACCAAAAAAACUAAAGCGGUAAAACUCGGAAAGAAAACCAAAGGAAUUAGUGACGUCUUGCCAUCUACUAGUCUGCCACCACUUGUUGAAGGCCAGGUUCAAUAUUUUCUCAGGGUAACAAUUAGUAAGAUCUUGUGGAACAUUCCCAGGCCUCCAGCUGUCCCCCUUGUUCGACUGCGCUGGUGGGGUGAAACCUCCAAUGGCACCCUGUUUCGACCUGGAGAUGCUUCACAUAUUGAACCCAAGUCUGUGAAAACAACUGCACGAUAUGCUGUUCGCUGUGGACAGAAACAAUUUACUUCUUAUCUCACAGAUAUGGGAGUAUUGAUAUUGGAGGUGAUGGGAAAGCCUGACCAUCUUCCUAUUGGCCGAGUUAAAAUAAACGGAAUUCCACAGCUUUCACCAACCCAUGGGAUUAGUGGGUUCUUCAAAAUGAUUUCACCCACCUCUGAGAAACUUGGAGAACUACAGGUGUCACUUGCUCUGGAACCUCUGUCAGACAGUUACAGCAGCAGCAGUUCUGUUCCAAACACUGACAUGAGUAUGGAUGGUGCAAUUUCAGUCAAAAACUCUGCAGUAUUGCAUAGUUCAAAAGCAGGAUCUUUUGAAAAUCUCAAUGAGCUUCCUGCUCUUCGUAAAUCAUCCAUAACCAGUGCAAGUGGAAAGGAAUCGCUGUCAAGUAGCACCUGUAAUACCCCAAGAGGACGAGACCAUAUGUAUUUCCAGGAGAAUGCCAAAAUUACUAAGACCAUUUCAUCUGAAAAUAAGCAGUCAUUGCCUUCAGCCCCCAUUGCUCAUGAAGAGGCUGGUGACAAGCAGAUUGCUGAACAAGUAUUGCUAGCAGAUAACCAAUCCACCAAAAACCUUAUUUCAGUUCUGUUGGACCGAGGCAGCAAACUACGAAAUGCAAUGGUGGUUUCUGCUAUGCAAACUGUUCCUGACAAUGUAUCUGCAUUGGCGAACAUUCCUUCGGUGGAUCCGUAUCAGGACAUUGGCAAACCAAUACCAAAAAUAGCAUCUUCUUCAGGAAAGUUGCUGGAAUCUGAAGCUACUUGCAUAACCAAAGCUUCUUUAUUGCCUUCCCCUGAGCACCCCUUAAAAGAAGCCCAUCCAAACACAGACACCACAGUCAUCAAAUUACUCCUAGGCAGCUCUGACUCGAUCCCUCUUCAUGACUGGGAUGGCCUGGGCUCUCUUCCAGAGUCCCUAUCUGCAGGAAGUAGUGUUUUGGAUGAAAGUGAACUGAAUGAUCCUCAUUAUGAUCAGAGUCUCUUGGAACAUCUUUUCUACAAGAAUUCUAAAUCUGAAAGUAGUGCUAGUGAUUUUACUAGUGAAGAUGAGGAAUUCGACAUCUCAAAGAAAAAACUGAAACAGCAGUCCCUUUGCAAAACUGAUAUCCAUAACCAGCACAGUCUGUCACAUAAUGCCCCACAUCACAAUGUUACUGGUUUGAAUCAAAAUGGGGCAGGAAAAAGUACCAGCUCCCACCCUCUGCAAGAAGGUCCUCUACUAGAUGAGCAGGAAGUGCAAGCCAUUGGGUUAAGUGUUGAUAGAAUAACCCUGUUGGGUCGCAUUUACCUUGCCCGAGUCAUCAUUGAGACACUAAAACUCCCUCCUGACAGCACUCAAACAACACCAAAACAAAAAGGCAGUAGUGGAAAGCCACCUCGACCAGUUCCUGGAAGAAAAUGCACGUACUUUGUUGAGUAUCACUUUCCUGUGGCUACACCUUCAAGAGCUGGAGGCAGAAAUGUUUCCAUGGCAUCUGAAAUUACAUGGGUAGCUUCCAGCAAAGUUACACGAGAAGUUGUGAAGUUCCAGCAGCGUUUUGUUUUUCCUAUUUGUUUUAGUGGUUUAAUGAUAGAGCGAUGGUGGAACUCUGAUCUUGUGUUCAAAAUUCAUUCCAAAAAGAGUACACAGAAAAAGCCCAUUUUGAUCGGUACAGCUACUCUUGCACUUAGAGCUGUCAUUCAAUCAGACUUGUUAAGUAUUACCAAUGAAUUGCCUGUGGAAAUGGUGUUUGACAAUAAAGGACAACAGCAACCAAUUGGUCCAUUAAAGGUGACUAUCGAGCUUGUCGCUGACAACAAAAAUGUUACCAGUGCUAAUGCCAGAUUAGCUGUUUCUCCUAAGAGGACUUGUGCUGUAUCUAAUCCAGCUGUAUCAAAGCUUCCGGUAGAGCAGCUCAAAGAUGUUGAUGUUUGUCCAGUUGAUCCCUCUCCUUUACGUCCACGUGCCCUUAAAUUGUCAAGUAAAAGAAACGUUGAAGCUCAUUUGAAACAAAGUUGUGCAAACUACAUAUCCAGACCGAGCUAUCAAAAUCAUCAUAAUGCUUCCCCUGAAUCUGCAGUGCAAAAUUCAAUAGAACAGUUUAAUUUUUCAGUUGAAGAAGAAAUGGGUUUUUUAUUGCAUGUUCUACUGAUGGUGCCUGAUGGAAAAGACUUUGUCGUGAGAGAUGGCAGAAUGCAGCAACAGGACAAUAUCUACCUAAAAUGUAAGCUUUUCAGCACAGAUGAGGCAACAAGAUCGACAGUUAGCUGCAGCACAAGCUGCCCAGUUUUCAACUUCUCACUGGUAACUCCAAUCACAUUGACUCCCAGAUUAUUGGAGAGGAUGAAGAAUAACAUGAUGAUUAUAGAGGUCUGGAAUAAAGUGAUUAACACACGGCAUGAGCAACUCCUUGGCCUUGUGAAGCUACCUCUACAUCAGUUUUAUAUAUCUUUUAGGGAUCCCAAGAUUUCACAUUUAUUGCUCCAAGCUCAAUAUCCCGUGGUUGCCGUGGACAGCUACAUGCCAAUGAUGGAUGUUUUCACAGGCAGUCAAAAGGGCAACCUUCGUGUUCUACUAGCAAUGGGAGAAGCAGACCAAAUAGCAGCACUUCAGAAAUUGAAAAAUGAUGAGGGAAUAUCGCUUGCUAGUGUGCAGCAGAUACCUCAUUUUCUGGAUCAAGUGCCUUCAGUUCCUUCAAAGUUGGACAGAAAGGAGACAAAACAACUGAUAGAACAUAUAUUUGAGAUAAAUGUGAUGCAACUUAAAGGAUUGACUCCUUUGCAAUCCACUGUCUGGGGAGAAGCAGACUGCUAUGUACAAUAUUAUUUCCCAACUCAAGAUGUAGAUACAAUAACUGAGAGAGUACCAUUUGGAAAUGACAUCAUGUUGAAGCCUUUUCGAACAUCAACCACAUUGUGUGUACCAGAUCCUCUGUUUAAUGACUGCCAAAAUCAUUCUCUUCUCAUCCCACUGGACCUUCCAGUGCAGAAGAUACUGCUGAAUACUUUUUCAAAGCAAAUAUUUGGAGAAGGCGGUGGCAUUCAGUUUGAAGUUUGGUGUAGGUAUUAUUACCCUAAUGUUAGAGACCAGCUUGUUGCCAGGAGUGUCCUACCUUUAUCAAAGCUGUGUGCUAUGGUAACUAUGCAACAUCGCAAGGAAGUUGGAGUUCAAAUGUUUAGCAUUCCCCUAAUGCCUAGAACAGAAAAUGUUGAAGGACAUCCUGUGCGCUCCACCGGCUUAUUGGAUGUUAGUGUAAAAUACAGACGUUCAGUGCAAACAACUGAGGAUGCCAGGGAAGGUAUCGUAGCAUCUCAUGCUGUGUCCCUUUCAAUAAAGCUCCUCCGGGCUUCAGGGCUACAAGCUGCAGCAAGGAUUGCAGCAGAAAGGAACCAAUCAUUGAAAUACCAAUCUGAAAUUGGUGUGAAUACGUAUGUUACAAUUCGUAUUUCCUUUCUGCUGGAAAACGAAAGGCAAUGUACAAAUGUGGUUGCCCGUACAUUCUGCCCAGAAUUUGAUCAUUCCUCUGAAUUUCCAUGCAACCUGGUAAUGCAGAGAUCCACAGGAGAGAGUUUCAGUUUGGCUGAACUACUGGAGUCAUCAGAAGCCGUGUUUACUAUCUACCAUCAGUCUGUUACAACAGCUAAACAAAGCACAUUUGUAAUUGGUUCAUCAAAGGACAUUGAAUUGGGAUCUGUACGGAUUCCCCUGUCAGCCUUGCUGACCAGACGGACAGGCAUCUCGGGUUGGUAUGCAGUGAGUCUUCCAGAGGUUAUCACUUCUGCUCAGUCUUGUGGAAUUCUACAGAACUUAGUCGGUGGGCUUGAGAUUUCAAUCCACUUUGCACAUCCCAAUGACAGAGAGCGUGUCAUAAAGGCUGCAGAGGCACUGGACUGGCAGUGUGGAACAAAUGAGGAAAAAGUUAAAGAGUGGCAAUCCCCAGAAAGUAGUGUAUCAAUAACACUAACUGUGUCACGGAUAUGGCUCCCAUUGCACUGUGUAACGGUGGCUGGACAAGAGCAUCUAGACCAAUUCACCUUCUGUUACGUUCGGUAUAAAUUGUAUGAUAGAGAGGCUAUUUGUACAUCACUUCAAAAGCCAGUCCUGACUGUGAACAAAAGUUGUGUUACAGUGAACUUUGAUGAGGUGAAGACUAUAUAUCUGAAAAGAGCCCAAUCAUUGAUCUGGUACCUAAGUGAAGAAAAACUAGAAGUACAAGUCUGGUUGGCACAUGGAAACAAUAACAAGACACUGAGACCUCAUGAUACUGAUCGAUUAGUUGGAUAUUCAUUCAUAGAUCUGUCAACCCUGGCAGAGAAAUCUUCAAGAAAGCUUACAGUUAGUGGCGUUUAUCCACUUUUCAAGCGAGGUGCUUCUGACCUGUCAGGUGCAGCUGUAAGGUUCCACAUCACACUGGCACCAAAUGAUCCACUACUAUCUGACGACUGUACUUCUCAAAGAAUAAGCUAUGCAGAGAAUGACCAUGAUUACGAACAUGGUACUGAGGAAGAUGUAUCAUUCAUUAAUGAAAAAGAACAAGCAUCAAAAGAACACAUUGAUAAAGAAACAUCCACAGGUUCUAAUGUUGAAUGCAAGAAAAUGGCUAAUGAAAUUUCUGAGGUGGACCUAGCUAACACGUUUGCAGUGAACGUUAUAGUAGAAAGAGCAAUGCACAUAAGCUUGAAAGGUUGUCCUUUGACAGAGCAAACUGGUGUCAAACCCAGUUGCUAUGUGUCAUACACUACACCAGUCAGUCCCACUCCUAUAACAACUCAUCUGGUAGAAAAUACAAACAGCCCUGUUUGGGACCAUCAACAGCAAACAAGGCUGGCCAAAGAAUUGUUACUGGAUCCACAGCAAACUCUGGUUUUUAAAGUGUGGCAUAAAGCAGCUAUUGAUCGGGUUGUAGGGUUUGCAUCUGUAGAUCUUUCUGCUUUAUUAUCUGGAUUUCUAUGCAUAUGUGGUUGGUACAAUAUCACUGACUUUAGUGGUCACUGCCAAGGACAACUUAAAGUAGCAAUCACUCCUUUGGAAAAUAUCCAUCACCUGAGGGGGAGAAGAUGGACCCAAACACACAAACAACCAGCAGUUUCUAUUCCUACUCUUGAAUCAUUAUCAUAUAAGACCAGUGGCACAUACAACUCUUUCCCCAGUCAUAUCUCCAAAUAUUCAGAACAGCUUAUCACAUCUUUGAAUGCGGAUCCUUUGUCAGCUAAUGAUAGAUCAGUCAACAUAGAUAUCCAAACCUCCCGCCAUGAGGAACACAUGCAAAAUGUACGAAGGUUUCAUCAGUCCUUGCAGCAAAUGGAAUACAGCAUGCACAGUGCUGGGUAUUCAGAACCACUAUCACAAACUUCACGGACUACACUCUUUAGUGCUUUAAGGAGGAAUCUCAGCGAACUAGAUGAUAUUCAACGAUACUUCAGUGAGAAACUGUCGACAUCUCCAUUUUCUCGCAUGAUUAACCCAGCCCCACAGCAAAGAACAGAUGAUAAUCAAAUGGAUGGCUGUAUUAGACCCUCGCAAUCUGGUAAUGAGAUCUUGGAGAAGUCAUAUAAACUGGUCACUGAAUCUCGUCAUUUUAUGAAUGGUCUGCAAGGUGGAAAUAAAGCUGAUGUUACUAUUUCAAUGCAGCCUUCUCAAGGUACAGAAGAAGAUUGGGAGAAAAUAGCUGAAAAUGAACCACAACAAUUACAAAAUGAAAGCGACAAAACUAAGAAUAAAAUGUUUCUGUAUGUGCAGUCACCAGAGAGGGCAACUCAUUUUUGUGCUCAAGGAAAUCCAGAGUUAAAAAAAAAUGAAAUUGAUGAAUAUUUUGAUCAAGAUCAUAGAAGCUCCCAGAGCAACAGUUCUGCUGUAGAACAUGAAACCCAGCAUUAUGGUAGUGAAGGGUGUAGUGAAGAAGGAUAUGAAGAAGACGUGAUACAACCAAGAACCUUGAAUGACAUGACUGUUAUGACUGACAGGACAAGCCCUUGGUCGAGUAUUUUCUCAGAUUUGGAGGACAAUUAUAAGCUUGAGUGUGAAAGAGAGGCCCAGAAGCCAAUAGGAAAUGGAAGUCUGGCUGCAGAAGUGCAAAUAAAUCCUAUCCAUGUACAUGAUGAGCUGUUUAUCGAGAGAUUGCAAAAUGAGAAUUAUAAACCAACCAGCAAUAUGGAAGCUGGUGAGUCCUCACCACAUGCAGAAAGAUCACAAUCAGUAAAUGAAGGAACAGAUUUUGAUUUGCCAGACAGAAAUGUAAUUCUCCAAAGUGAACAAUUCACACAUACAGGAUUUCUAGAAAUACAGUCCUCAGAUGAUCAGUACUCUGUUUCCUCAAAUCCUGACAAAGCAGAAGAGCUAAUGCAAGAAAAUGCAAAUCUUAUGGAACAUGACAGUUUUUAUAGUAGAACGUUUUCGAUCACAGAUAGGAAAGAAAGAGGUUUAAAAGUAAAGAAUAUUCUUGAAGAUUGUCACCACGCAAACAGCAUCAGUGAGAUUGGAAAUGAAAACCACGAGUCCUCUGAAACGCAGACCCAGGAAGAUUCACAGUUCUCUAAAGCAGGUGGGGAAUAUGUUCGGAGGAUGCAUGAAGAGAGUGCAAAUAAAGAUUCAACAGACGAUACGCAUUCAGUCAUUUUACCUGAUCCAGUUAUAAUUCCAAACUUUUUUCUCCCACCAAGUAAUUUGGAAGCUUCAAUGAGGGUGCUCAAUGCUGCACAAUCAUUCCAAACUGCUGCAGCAGAUCCAAAUAAAGUUUCAAGUCUGAAUAGAACCAGUUCCCGGCGCAGCAAUCGUCCAAAACCAAGAUUAACACUGACUGAACUACCGAAGGAAGAAACUGAAAGAAUUGCUAAGAUUUUUGCAGGGCACUUUACAGAAGAAAGCUGAAAAAAAGUAUUUCAUUUUAAUACAAUUUUAGAAUCGGUAACAUAAUUCACAACUAAAAUUGAAGAUGUCCACAUAAAUUUCCCCUGACUUUUAAUGCUGGGUCUAGAAUUAUUUGCUUUUUGCUAAUGAGACCUGAACGUUGAAUGGGAUAAAGUCUAUUACCAGUGAUACCUUUUGCUUCUGGAAAGGAAACACAAAUGUAGUUAUCAUGUAUUAUUGCAUAUCAGUUCAGCCUGUUUGGUCUAGAAGUUCUGCUUUCUUAUGAAUGAUAGUACACAGAGAUUUUACUUGAGAUGCAAGUACAAUGUUUGAAUUUCCAUCUUCCUCAUUACCCAUGGAAAUUUAUCUUCCUUCUUCCACAGCAUCAUAAAUGAUGUGCUAAGCAGUCUGGAACACAUGAUGGGCACUGUUAAGCAUAUGGCCCAAAUGAGCAAGACAGUACAUUUUCUACAUUCCCCACUUCAUAAAGCACUGAAAUGAUAAAGUUACAGCGCUUACCUUCAAUGCAGUGUUUUCAUUGCCCACUUGUAGGAUUUUCCAAUCGUUAUUGUUCUGGUACAUAUAAUCUGUUUAAAUAGCUCAAAUUGCAUAAGCAAUCUAUUCUUCUCUCCCAAACCUUUACAAUGAGAUGUUUAAGUCUCCAUAACCUUAGCUAUACAGGAUUCUAAUGCUUGCACUGGGAACUUGCACUCAUGAAUUCACAGAAGUACCUCACUAACUGGAGCACAUACACUGUGUAUGUGAAGCUGAAUACUCUGAAUAAUAGAAAAGUAUGAGAUGUACAGGGAUACCGUUACAUUAAAAUAAGUGAACUUAUAGUGUUAGUCCGUAUGACAUUUUGGGGGGGGUGUGGGGGGAAGAAAAUGCUUGAAUCGAUUGCCUAUUUCAGGAUGAACUAGUCAGCAAUCAGCAAUGGAUAAUUGUUUUAUUCCUCUUCACAAUAUAAUUGUUGCAACUGGGUGCAUUCUCCAGAACCGCUAUUUACUUUGCAAUAAAAACCAUGGUGCAGGAACAAAUGAACCAGACUUUAAAUGGGUGUUACUUUUUUCAAACCUCUAAUCCAGUUUGAUGAUCUAUUUGAGAAAUAGUUGUAUAAUUUUUUUACAUUGUUAUAUUGGAUCAUAUAAUAAGGGAAAGCCACUGACCCUGGGGUGUAUUCACAAUCACUAGUGUCUCCUUUCCUGUACUUCAGUUUUAAUGUUAAUCUACCAUUUCAAUCUGCAAUGUGCUUGUUUGGCCCUUAUUGUAUAAGAAAGAGGAAGGUGACUCAGUGCCUUUCAGAUGUACACUUGGGAGCAUUGCUUUGUAGUGCCAACAAGAACCAAUUGGACCAUUAUUAAUAAAUUAAUAAUACAUACAAAAUAGGAGCAGGAGUAGGCCAUUCAAUAAAGUAAUGAUGGUUCUGCCCAGGCUUCAAUCCCUCUUUCUCCGUAGACUUCAACACCCUGAUACUUCAAAAAUGUAUCUACCUCUUUAAAUAUUUUGUGAUCUAGUCUCCACAGUUCUCUGUGAUCGAGAAUUGUAGACAUUCCAUACCUUCUAGGAGAAGAAAUUACUUUGCAUCUCAGUUUUAAAUGUGUCCCCUUAUUCUGUAACUAUGUUCCUUAAUUUGAGAUUGACUCACUAGUGAAAGCUUCUCCUUGACAUCUUCCCUGUCAAGCCUCCUCAGAGUAUGUUACAUUAAGAUCACCCCUUGUUCUUCUAAACUCUAAUGAAUAACUUGUUUAGUCAUAAGUAAAUCCUUUCAUUCAGAAAUCAGCCUGCUGAAUCUCUUUUGAACUACCUCCAGUUAUAAAAUAUUCCUUUUCAAAUACAGAGACCACAACUGUACACAGUACUUGCCAGUGCAGCCAAGUCAAAAUCUUGUACAGUUGGAACAAGACUUCCCUGCUUUUAAAUUCCAAAACCAACAAAAAUGGCCAGAAUUCCAUUUGCCUGUUUAAUUACUUUCUAUAUCUCCAGGCUAACUUAUUGUGUUUCCUGUACAAUAAUAUGUAGAUCAUUCUGCUGCACAUUUUUAGAAUCUGUCUCAAUUUAAAUUAGAGUUUCUUAUUUUUCCUGACAAAGUGUAUGACCUCACACUUCCCGACAUUAAUCUCCAUCUGCUGAGCUUUUGCUCAACCUAUCUAUUUACCCGAUAGAUUUCUUAUAUCCUCAUCAUAAAAUGCCUUCUUAUUGUCAGCAAAUUUGGACACAUUGCACUCUGCUCUAUGUUCUUUUAAGUAAGGUCUGUGCUGUAAGUACAGAAUGUCAAAAUCGUAGGGCAGCUAAUUGCUUUCAUGUACAUGGAUGGGAGGACUUCAUUUAGUUGGCAUUGUUUUAAUCUAUUUGUAUUUGUACGAAAUUAAAUCUUGUAUAGUAAGCUAUUAAAUUUUAACAUACAUUUGUAUCAGUUAAAAAUAUGUCUGGCUUUUCAGAAGUAUCGCAGGACAAUAAAUUAUUUUUCAAUGUGGCACUUUUUGUUUUCUUUGUCAUACACUUAUCUGAUUUACUGAAACCAGUUGGAACAUCCUGUUGCUCUGAUUGACUUGCAUUAGGAAUAGGAACAUGCUCCAUGAUUCAGCUACAUCAUAACUAAUCUUCUAUUUUCAGUGCUGUCUUCUCACAUUAUUCCCAUAUUGUUUGUUAUUUCCAGUAUCUAGAAAUUCAUUGAUAUCUAUUUUGAACAUAAUGAUUGAUCCUAUGUAGCCCUUUGAGCCGGAUAAUUCCGAAGAUUCACCACCCUCUGAGUGAAGAAAUUCCUAAUCUCAGACUUAAAAAGUUUGCCUGUUUUUCUGAGAUGGUGCCCCUUCAUUCUGGAUCACAUGCCAAGGGAAGCACCUUUCAUAAAUCUACCCUUUCUGAUGUGCAGGAACUUUGCAUGUUUCAAUGAAAUACUGUUACAAUGCGAUAAUCUCCUGUUUUCUAAAUGCUAUUGGACUGUAUAUCACAAAAGGUACUCUAAAAUAACAAAUAUGCUUAGUACUGUAAUUACCACUGUUGAUAUGUUUUUACAUUGUUGUACAUAAUGGAUAUCUUUAUACAUGUAUAC